AACCCAAAGCUGUGUUUGAUUCAGCAACCCUGCCACGUGUACGUCGUCCUGCAAUUGCCUUACGGAGACACGGGUCCCACUUGUCAGCUCUACCCACGAACCCACGUCCUAUUUAUAUUAACUCCUACCGUCUUUAUCACGUAUUCGUCGAAGAGCCCCCAUGUUGAUGAUGGUGGUGGAGUGCUCGCCGGAGAUUCUCCGGCUGAGUCAAGGAGAAGGCGCCACGUCCGCCGGCGCCUUUGCUGCCCAUGCUGGAGAUUCUUCUCGACGAUUUCUUGUCUCCCCCGACGCUGACGAUGUUGUCGGCGGCCUCAUCUCCGACCUCGAGUCCUCCUCCGUGGAGUCCCAGCGCCGUGCCGCCAUGGAGCUGCGCCUCCUCGCCAAGCACAGCGCCGAUAACCGCCUCCGCAUCGCCCGCGCCGGCGCCAUCGCGCCGCUCGUCGCCCUCCUCUCCCACCCGGAUCCUCUUCUCCAGGAGCACGGCGUCACCGCCAUCCUCAACCUCUCCCUCUGCGACGACAACAUGGAGCUCAUCGCGGCCGCGGGAGCCGUCCGCCACCUCGUGCGUGCGCUCCGCUCGGGCACCCCACAGGCCCGCGAGAACUCCGCCUGCGCCCUCCUCCAUCUCGCCCAGACCGAUGACCUCCGCGCUUCGAUCGGCCGCGCCGGAGCCAUCCCGCCCCUCGUCGCGCUCCUGGAGACCGGCGGCGCCCGAGGAAAGAAGGAUGCGGCGACGGCCCUCUUCUCCCUCCUGGCGGCCGAUGAGAACAAGCUGCGGGCGGUGGAGGCAGGGGUGGUGCGUCCCCUGCUAGAUCUCAUGGCCGAUCCACAGUCCGGCAUGGUGGACAAAGCGGCGUACGUGCUCUACGAGGUCGUAUCGUCGCCGGAUGGCCGGGCAGCCGCAGUGGAGGAGAGCGCGAUCCCAGUUCUGGUGGAGAUGGUGGAAUCCGGCAGCCGGCGGCAGAAGGAUCUGGCAAUGCUGUCUCUCUUGGAGAUUUGCGAGGCGAGCGCCGCCUACCGGAGGAUGGUGGUACGCGAGGGCGCCAUUCCGCCGCUCAUCGCCCUCGCCCAGAACGCCUCCAAGAAGAAUAUGAAGCAGAAGGCGGAGGCGUUGGUCGAGCUCUUGCGACAGCCGACCGGACCAUCAACCUCUGCAGCCCGAUAGGAGUAGGAAAACAGCCAGGGUGUCAUUGUAAAUAUAAAACAAUCAGGGUGUUAUUGUAAAUACAAAACAGAGUGCGAGAUUAGUGCACGAACGGGAGCUCUCAGAUGUUGUUGCCAUCGCCAUAGACCUUCCACGCGGCGGCGCCGGCGACGCCCAUGGGAUCUAUUGCUCGCGUCCAUUAAAUUGAAUCGCCGUCGGCAUGGCAUGUGAUGGUGAGUGGGCGCCCACCUAUGUGUACCAACCCUCUCACGGCGACACGUGGCUUACGAAGAGCUGUCGUGUAUAAAUAUGGAUAGCGAUGCUGCUCCAUUUGCUAGGGACGGCGGCCAUAUGUGCGUCGACCGUCUAAAGAGGUUUGACUUAGAGUGGUUAGUGAGGGGCCAUCAGUGUCACAUGUCAAUCCCCUUGCAUAAUAGGUUCAAUGUAUACAAUAAAACUCUUCUCUAUCUCCUAGUCGUUAUUAACUUGACGUAUAAUCUGAUUAUGAAUUAUGAGAAUCUGAGGAGCAUG